AUGGCGGCGAUCCAAGUUCCCAUCGGCGACCUCGAUAUACAAAUCACCGCCGAGCGUCUGACGCAAGAAGCAUUCUCACCUUUCGGAGACGUCAUCUCCAAUCCACGGCCCGACGUCCACCCCUCGUCAUUCGACGCUCACGCCUCAUCCUUGCCACCCAACGCCUUUUCCGCCAACCAAGGCUCUGCAAUCCAGUAUCGAAAUGUCAGCCGCCUCAAGAAUCUCUAUAAUCAAGCGCCCAGCGGCAAGGGAGAACCCAUUAUGAGCAUCUUUGUCUGUGCUGCCAGAGGUGGCGCUGAAACCAUUGGGGAAAACACAUGUACCGUGCGACAUCUCGAGCGGCACCCGUUCACCGCGCAAACAUUCACACCCAUCAAAUCUACUGCCUCAACAUAUCUAGUCAUCGUCGCUCCGAGUCUCCCUCCCAGUCCUCAGGAUCAAGAUUUACCUGUGCCGGCUGGCGAUGGGCUACCCGGGAGGGGAUUUCCGGAUCUCGGGCGUCUCCGUGCUUUCAUCGCUACGGAGAGCCAGGCCGUCACUUAUGGUCCAGGAACAUGGCAUUCCCCUAUGAGGCGCAAACGAGUUCCGGUCUACUAUCGAAUCAUCAUGGGGAGCGCAAUGUAUUCCACCGACACCAAAAACAAGCUCGAGGACCUGUCUGGCAUCGUCUUGAAGCCGGGGGAGAAUCCCUACGAGGCCUUCAUCCAAGCUUGCAAUAACAAGCCUGAAGAAAUCCAAGCCCUCUAUCACGCUCACCGCACCAAACGCAAUGGUCUUCAAAAGGAAAAGUUCCUUUCCCCGGAUUACAAGGAGCUCGUGAUUGACCAGUGCCUUCUCCGCCUUGAGAAUCCCGAAAUCGAGCCCGGUUUCCGCGAUGAGCGAAACUGCCUCGUGAUUUGGGCACGCCCUCCUGUUCACAUCCUCGAGUUGGCCGCAAAGAUUCAGGCACGCCUUCAAGAAGCUUCGCCGAAAAUCUGGCUCAUGCCUACCUACAGGAUGCAUAUGACGACCCUUGAGAUCACCUUCUCCAAGACUCCCCAGGAGAUUGGCUCUCUCGUGUCCGCCAUUCGCCCUGCUGCGCCCUCCAUCGCUUCAUACACUCACGCUCACCGCUCUCGUCUCGUGAAGCCCAUGAUCUCAUACGAUCUCUCCGCUUUUGCUCUUUCUUUUCUCCCUGCUUCCGGUGAAGUUCCUCACUCCCCUGCCCCAGUUGCUCCUGACACUCCCGCCAAUGGACCCGUCACCCAGGGAGACGACUACACAUAUCACCACCUCCGACGAGACAUCUUUGACAAGGUCAAGGAGGCGGGAGUUGAAGUUGGCUCGCGAUAUCAGGUUCCCAGUGCUCACAUCACACUGGGACGGUAUUUGACUGAUGACGAGCAUGACACGCCUGAAAAGAGAGAGAAGUGGGUCAAGACUGUUGAUGACAUCAAUGCUUGGCUGGAGAAGGAGGUGUGGGAUCAACAGGAUGCUCAGUUCAUUGGCGAAUGGGUUGUUGGGCAGGAGAGAGGGCUGGAUGUUCGAAAUGGCGCUCUGUGGUACGGAGGUGGCCGAACCAUUGUGCUCGGCGAGGGCUUUUAG